GUGACUGAUUAGCUAGUCUCCUGCGGGUUGCUGCUUUACUCCUGGAUUUUCCUUGGGAACUGAUGCCAUGGUUCUCCACAGCAACCUGGGCUGUGCAGAGGGAUGGAAAGGAUGCUCCAGACCUUGUACGAUUAUUUCUGGUGGGAGCGGCUGUGGCUGCCCGUGAACCUGACGUGGGCCGACUUGGAAGACCGAGAUGGCCGCGUCUACGCCAAAGCCUCAGACCUCUACGUCAUCCUGCCCCUGGCCUUGCUCUUCCUCAUCGUUCGCUAUUUCUUCGAGCUAUACGUGGCCACGCCACUGGCUGCCCUCCUGAACGUGAAGGAGAAGACCCGGCUUCGGGCCUCUCCCAACCCCACCUUGGAGCACUUCUACCUGAGCAUCGGCAAACAGCCUAAGCAGGCCGAGGUGGAGCUCCUGGCCCGGCAGACCGGGCUCUCUGGCCGCCAGGUAGAGCGCUGGUUCCGCCGCCGUCGCAACCAGGACCGGCCCAGUCUCCUGAAGAAGUUCCGAGAAGCCAGUUGGAGGUUCACAUUCUACCUGGUUGCUUUCAUCGCUGGCCUGGCUGUCAUCAUGGACAAACCAUGGUUUUACGACCUGAGGAAAGUCUGGGAGGGCUAUCCCAUACAGAGUACCAUCCCUUCCCAGUAUUGGUAUUACAUGCUCGAACUUUCCUUCUAUUGGUCCCUCCUCUUCAGCAUUGCUUCCGAUGUCAAGAGAAAGGAUUUUAAAGAACAGGUCAUCCAUCACGUGGCCACCAUCAUCCUCAUCAGCUUCUCCUGGUUUGCCAACUACAUCCGUGCAGGGACUCUCAUCAUGGCUCUGCACGACUCCUCCGACUACCUGCUUGAGUCAGCCAAGAUGUUUAAUUACGCGGGAUGGAAGAACACCUGCAACAACAUCUUCAUCGUCUUUGCUGUUGUCUUCAUCAUCACUCGCCUGGUCAUCUUGCCCUUCUGGAUCAUGCACUGCCACCUUGAUUUACCCCUUACCCUCUAUCCCGCCUUCUUUGGUUAUUAUUUCUUCAAUGCCAUGUUGGGAGUGCUACAGCUGCUGCAUAUCUUCUGGGCCUACCUCAUUCUGCGCAUGGCCCACAAGUUCAUAACUGGAAAGCUGGUAGAAGACGAACGCAGUGACCGCGAGGAGACAGAGAGUUCGGAGGGGGAGGAGCCUGUGGCCGGGGGGAAGGCGAAGAACUGGCCCCUCGCCAACGGCCACCCCGUCCUGCACAACAACCACCACAAGAAGGACUGAACCCAUCUUCCGGAGGGAAGGAGAAAGCUGAAGAUUCCAGGACCGAUUGAGUUCUUGGGGCCCCAGCCCUGCCUCUUUGUCACCUAGUUGCCUUUAAGCCAAAUGGUAGCCACCCUGUCCCUGGGCAGAGGAGAGGCUGGCUACAUCCUGCCACAGGGCGGAGGCCUUGCUGGCCUCUCUCCACCCACUUGUCCUCUAUUGCUUUAAGUCUCCCCUGCUCCUGAGGUGAGCUUACAACUGACAUUCCUUAUUCGAAAUUGGCCCAAGCUGUCUGCCUUCAACUCCCCGACUGACUCCAGAGCCAGGAUCAAGCCUUACUGUCCCACCCGGGGCCCCAUUCUGCCAAAGCUGGACCAAGGCUCACUUCUCUGAGGAGCCCGAAGCUGAGUCGAUGCUUCGAUGCUAACGAACCAAGGGUAGGAGGGCACGCACGACUGGCCCUGCCCUACCUCUGCCAAACAGUGGGACCUUCGCGGGGACUGUUCAUCAGGCCCCCUUCUCUGCCAGCACCCCUGGAACCACGGGCCCAGUAACCCACUGCCUCUUCCUUUGACCACUUCCCCUAGGCUAGCUAGUUUGGAGUAGAGAGGCAACUAGUUUUAUUUAUUUAAACGUUCGGGGGUUGGGUUUUAAAGCCGGAAUGACAACUAGCACCUGGCAUUCGGUAGAGGGACCACUUUAGACCAAAACGUAUUGUCGACGUUUUUAAAAAAAAUUAAAAUAUAUUAAAGAUCCAAGAAAAAUACGGCAAUAAGUGUCCGAAACUCUUAGGAACUGAAAAGGAAGAUGAACUAAUAAACUGAGUCUUCCUCAC